CCUAGUUGCGAAACUCCACCUGUAUAUGGAACUCAACAACCUUUAAGGAGGGAACACCCAUCAGUGUGUGUGAGGAAGUCCAGAUAUACACAAAUGUGCCGUGGAUUUCUAUUACCUGAGUCAGUGUGGCGUACAGUGAGAACUAUACCGACAUGAGAAGAAGUAAUCCUUGAAUAUUUGUUGUGCUGUUGGAAUAGAUGAAGACAGGGAUUUAUUUUAUGUUCUUCUGCUGCAUAUACCAAAACUUCAGCUAUGGUUGUGAACAGUUUUCAAGGCAACAUGUGACAUUUGAGUCAGUAAACUUUGAAUUCAUUUUGCAAUGGAGCAGAGAGGAUCUGAGAGAAGAUGUAGUAUUCAGUGUCGAAUAUAAGAGGUAUGGAGACAAAGAGUGGUCCAUAAAGAAUGAGUGCCAAAAUAUCAGCAGACCCUUCUGUAAUCUCACAAGUGAAAUAGCUGGGGAUGUAGAGCUAUUGGAGCAUGAAUAUUAUGGACGUGUUAGAGCAUCAUCCAAGAACUGCUUUUCUGACUGGGUCAUGUCAGAAAGGUUGUAUCCAAGAGAGUACACGCAUAUUGGUCAGCCAGAGGUACUAUAUGUUAAGGAUGCCAACUCCAUAACGAUAUUUGUUAACACUCCUUACAUUCCAGUAAAGAAUAAAGAUGGAGAACCACAGACUAUGCAAGAUCUUUAUAUGUUUUUUGAAUACCAUUUAAGCCUAUCGAUUCUGGAGAAACAUGACAUGUGGCAAAAAACACAGACUGACAACAAAUUCAAGGUGACUGGAUUGAAGCCAAAUACAAAAUAUAAUGGAAGUGUCUACAUCUUUAUAGAAAAUACAAGGAAAAGUGACAUACUUAAUUUUGUGGUUCAAACUCUUCCAGACCAUUCCUUAUUCACACUGAUUGUUUGUGGAUUUGCAGUCUUAGUAUUUUUCUUGAUUACACUACUGUUGUACCUCAGUUACGGAUAUGUCAAUCUAAAGGGAACCCAAAUACCAAAAUCAUUGGAACUUUCAAACAAACAAGCUAUUCAUCCAACUAAACCACCGAAGGAUUACCAUCUCUGUAGUCUCUCAUAUGAUGAGCCUCAUCCCAAAGAGUUUCCUGUUGAUAAAAUGGAACCAAAUGAUCGUCAGAAACCGGUGGAAUUUCCCUACAAAGCUCAGUCCAAGACUACAACCAAAAAUCUUGAUUCCAUAGUUCCAAAGACCACAUACUGCCACCAACAAAGUGUUGAUUAUGGAGUGGUUGAAGUGAGGGCAGUUAAUAAAACAAGUGAUUUAGCCAAAACAUGCAUUUCUUCUUCUGAUUGUUCUAAUCAAAUGGACCAGCAUUUCUUGCAGACAUCAAUUACAAAACGUAAUGAUGGAAAUCAAAAGGUGACAGAUAAAUUGACAGAUACUAUAAAGUCUUCGAGUUCCCCACAGAUGCUCUGCUUUGAUGCAAAUGAAGUUAAAAGCAGCAACAAUGAGAUGCCCCUUAUACACACAGUCAUUUUGCAUAAUCUUUUGGACUUAGAAGAACCACAGGAACAAGAAGAGGAUCUAUCACUAUUGUUGUCACAGGGUUCAACCAACCACAAUGAAGCAAGAGAAGCAACAGAGCCUGCCAUUUUGCCCAGGGCUAAUACAUCAUAUGCAUUCCAAUGUCAUCUUAAAAACAUACAGACUGAACUACAGGAAAGGGUAAUUGUUUGCCAGCAACCCUACAGAAUGCAACAUUGCCAUGUUUCCAAAGUUUAGAAAAAUCUAUUUUUUAAUAUACAAGCAAAAUAAAACUAAAAACAUUUUAAAAAACUUUAUCAUACCCAUUAUAUGAUGCAGUGUAUAUAUCGUAGUUCUAAAACAGUUCACCAGAGGAGAACACCAAAGCUGAUUACUCACUAGCAAACUUGUGUUUGUUGGUCGUGUUUGGGCUGCAAUAGUUACAUGAGAACAUUAUUAAUAGGAUUUUAUAGGACUGUCUGCAGAACUUGUAAAGCGACAACAAAUAAAUCCAUAUGAUAUUCCAAUCAGUAAUAUUUUAAGAAGAUCUGUAAAUACGUACAGUAUUUUGGAUAUCUUUUAAAUGUGUAUAUGUUAUUGUUAAUCUAAUUUUAAACACACAUUAUUGUGUGGAGUACACCAUAAAGAAGUUGGUUGUAUACACAAUUCAUACAACAUUUUUGUUCCAUACAGUAUAUGUGGAUAAAUACAAAAUAUCUACUAAUUUUGGUGCCAAACACUAUGAAUAUUUCUUGGCAAAUACUGCUUAAAUGGGUACUGAGAUUCUGUGUGCAAAAAGACUAUUGCUACUAAGUGCCCAUUAACACAUAUAUUGGCAGUUAUUUAUUCUGUUCGCAUGUGAACCGCUCACCCGUAAGUGAUAGUGACCCGGGUGCAUAUACCCCAGGUCCUGCUCCUAAGUUCACAGUGCCUUAAAAAGUAUUACGGGUGAAUCGUCCAAAGCAACUCACCAGAUCCAACGAGAGCCUCGGGUGCAUCACCCCAAGCCCGUAGCUAUAGGCCCUGGGGAUCUGAUGUUUUUAACAAAGUUGGAAUAAAAAUUACUUUUUAACCUA